AUGGCGGGUACGGCAAUCCGGUGGAGACCUCCGGACGAGGAAGACGAGAGGUUGCGAGUGGCCGCUGAUCUUCGCAAGUCGCUCCUGAAAGAAAAACGAAGUCCGCUCGUGUAUUCAACUCUCGUCAUGCCCCUGAACGCAUUUUGUUCAAAUCGACUUCUGCGUGGAGUGCUGGAGAAGAAUGCGGUCGCCUUGCAGAACAUCCGGGUGGAAGCUUGGAAGCUGGCGAACUUCCAUUGCGCGAGGCUCUUCGAGCACCACAGGUCGAUUUAUCCCGACUAUCCGGCUGUACCAGCUAGCUCCCGCGUGUUGGAGACAGUGUUGAAGCUCGACGCAGGACCUCCCCCGACUGCAGCGAAUAUCAAGAAUCACCUCGUGCUCUUCCUCGGAAAAUUGUACGACAUUUUGGAGUUUCCUACUACGUGCAUUUCGGCAUACUACUCUGUGGAGACCUCCCAUCUGUACCAGAUCGCGAAGAACAUCAUAAGCUCGCACGACGAAGACAUUUUCAACCUGUGCACUGCUCUCGACGGCCAGGGUCGCAAACGCUACGCUACUUCCGCUGAGUUCCACACAGUCCGCGAGCUAAUGUGGAAAACCGUCUUCGAUUUAAGCCGAUGUGUCAGCUCCGAUGGGAAUCCAGACACCGAUCCUCGGAUCGGUAGAGGGCGUCGCAAGUUCGAGUAUAUGAUCCGGACCAAUGGAUAUGCAGUGUGUAUUCUGACAUCUAUACCUCGUGAGCUGCAACGAACGGUGCAGCCGGGCCUGUACAAACCCCACACGCUCAUUGGAGUCGGCCCCGGGGAGCGAAUGCCCCUUACCUGCUACAGCCGUCCGGCCCCCGUGUAUGCCACGACCACAAUGGGGGCGAACGUCAUGGUAAGAAGCGUCGGCGAGGUCACAGACGGCGUCAGCGUCGUCGCAAACGCCGAAGCCAAGCUGUGUGCGACGUAG